AUGCCACUAAAUAUUCAAAAUAUUUCUCCUUCCUAUGUCAUACGUAGUUUACUACCAAAACCAUACGGCACAUUUAUUUUGCGAUAUCCAACAGCAAAUGAUGAAGUAAUUUCAUUAAUUAAGAUCGAAGAUCAUCAUUCACAAGAGACUUCUACACAUUCUUAUAUUAUUUUAUCAAUACGUGUCGAUGAAACUGUCUAUAAAUAUUACAUACAACAUUAUCGAUUACCUUAUAUUUUAGAAAACAUUCAUAAGAAUACACAACAACCAUUAGAAAUAUACAAUCGACAACAAAAUAAAUUAAAAAAUGGUAAAUUUACACCAUUAAAACAUGAAUUAAUUCUUCCACCAGAAGAUGAAAGUUGGUUUUUAGAUAAAAAAUACUUUCAAGGUAUUGAUUUUGAUAGAAUACGAAAUGUUGGCAUGAAUAAUCAAGGUACAUCUACAGCAGUUUGGCAAUGUGAGAAACAAAAUGAUAUUAAAGUAUUUAUUAAACGUUUCAAAAAAAAUAGUUCAUACUUUAGACAUGAACUUUCUUUAUUAAAAGAAUUUUGUUAUUUUUCUAUUAUUACACUUUAUGGGCAAUAUUCGGACAAUCAUUAUAGCUAUUUAGUGUUUGAAAAUGGUGGUAAAUCAUUGGAGUCUUGUUGUCCAUUGACAAUUCGAUCAAUGAAAACAAAAAUGAGAUUUAUAACAACUGUUGGUUUUCAAAUUGCUUAUGCUAUGAUGUAUCUUGAAAAGAAAAAUAUUGUUCAUCGUGAUUUAACAGCAAGUAAUGUUCUUAUCGAUUCUUAUGGUUUUAUACGAAUUGCUGAUUUUGGUCAUGCAAUUCAUAAACAAGAAGGAAAAAAUACUCUCGAACGAUCACAAACAACUACUGGAGAAAAUCGAUUUCAAUUUCGUUUUCUUGCACCAGAAUGUUUACCUGAGACAAAACAGAGAGAAAUAACAGAUACAUCGAUAAUUUUAAAUCAAGCAGAUGUUUAUGCAAGGUUUUCGUCAAAAAGUGAUGUCUGGUCGUUUGGUAUUCUGUUGAUACAACUGAUGCUUGACGAUCCACGCAAACCAUAUCCACAUAUAUCCAAUGUAAAUGAAAUACCACGAUAUGUUAAACAGGAAGGCAAGAUUCAUCCACAACCACCUGGAUGUCCUAUGGAUAUGUACUUAAUACUCAAACGAUGUUGGGCUUAUGAAGCAAAAAAUCGCAUUUCAUUUACUGAAAUUCGAGAUCGAAUGUUGUGUUUAAACAUAAUUUUUCAAUGA